AUGUUUUUGCGGAGACACCAAGAAAGUUUUUCGAGGCGGAUGUCACCAAGAUUUGCCAAUAUUUUGAUGGAAAAAUACAAAUCGAAAUUUCAUGAUAUUUCGGUCCUCAAGGAACAGCUUUCACUAGACUCGACAUUCCUGCGAGAGCUGACCGAGUACCGAAACUGGCACCCAGACAUGCGAGACUUGUCGAAGUAUGUGUGCGAAAAGUGUGGAACGCCAUGUGAUACCGCAUUGAGUUUAAACCGGCAUAUGCAUCAUCAACAUGAGCCGUAUGAGAAUCCUGAAACUGAUCUAGUCUGUCCACAUUGCGGAGAAAAAUUCAAACGAAAAUAUCAUCGCGAUAGACAUGCAUCAACAACUUGUCCACAACGCCCAUCCAACUUUGAAACAGAUGCAAGCGGGCGGGAGCUUGAUCGGGAGGGUGAACGCCCAUUAAAAAAGCAGAAACGCGCUAAGCGAGGUACUAAACUACGAACGCUGCCAGCAGAUGCUCAACCGCGUGGCUCAGAUAAUGGUUUGCUGUCUUACUUGCAAUUGACCGAACAGCAUGUCGGGCGCCUCCCUCGGGUUGAACUUGAUCUUACUAGGCUUGAGGGUCUAGAGACAGACAUAGUCUACAAGGGCGAGAUUUAUUGUCGGUACCCUGGCUGCACACACCCCCACCGGUAUAGUGAAGCAACAAAAUUACGACCGCACUAUCAAAUAAAUCACCAGUUUGAAUACCGGAGAUCUUCCCCUGGUCAUUUGAACCCCGCAGACGACCGGGAACAUCAAAAUGGCCUCAGAUGGCUGGCGAUUCAGCUCAGAUUGGGGUGGAAGCUGCUGGACAAAAGCCAAAGCCAUCAAGGAAAUAGGAAAUGA